AACUGUCGACUUUAUUUGAAAGGUUAUCUUUUAAGAUGAUGGAUUGGCUUCUCUGGUGGUAGAGCUCAGAGAGAGUCCAUGGCUAAUCAUUCUUCUUCAGCCGUCGGGAAAGCCGACGUUUUCGUGAGUUUUCGAGGAGAAGAUGUGCGUAAAACAUUCGUGAGCCAUCUAUUCUGCGAGCUUGAUCGGAUGGGGAUCAACGCGUUCAGAGACGAUUUGGAUCUGGAGAAAGGAAAAUCAGUCUCCCCAGAGCUUGUAGAUGCGAUCAGGGGCUCCAGAUUCGCCAUCGUCGUGGUCUCUAGAAACUACGCAGCUUCAAGCUGGUGCUUAGACGAGCUCUUGAAGAUCAUGGAAUGUAAAGAUACGUUUGAUCAGACAGUCGUACCCAUUUUCUACGAGGUUGAUCCUUCGGUUGUGAGAAGACAGACUGAGAGUUUCGGUAAGGAUGUUGAGAGUCACAGUGACAAGGAGAAAGUGAGGAAAUGGAAAGAAGCUUUGACGAAAUUAGCUGCAAUCUCUGGUGAAGAUUCUCGGAAUUGGAGGGAUGAGUCAAAGCUGAUUAAGAAGAUUGUUAAAGACAUUUCUGAUAAAUUGGUUUCCGCUUCAAUGGAUGAUUCAAAAGGGUUGAUUGAAAUGAGUCCCCAUAUGGACUUUCUGCAGUCUAUGAUGUCUAUAGAAGACGAAGAUGUUCGAAUGGUAGGGAUCUGGGGAAUGGGUGGAGUCGGGAAAACCACGAUUGCUAAAUACUUAUACAAUCAACUCUCAUGUCGUUUUCAAGCUCAUUGCUUCAUGGAGAAUGUGAAGGAAGUCUGUAACAGACAUGGAGUUAGGCGUUUACAAGGGGAGUUUUUAGGCAGAAUGUUUCGAGAGAGAGAUAAAGAAGCGUGGAGCUCGGUUUCAUGUUCCAGCAUAAUAAAGGAAAGGUUCAGACACAAAAGGGUUCUGAUUGUUCUCGAUGGUGUAGAUAGAUCUGAGCAACUGAAUGAAUUGGUGAAGGAGAUUGAUUGGUUUGGCCCGGGAAGCAGAAUUAUCGUGACAACACGGGAUAAACAUGUGCUAGUUUCUCAUGGAAUAGAUUUGGUGUAUAAAGUGAAGUGUUUACCCAAAAAAGAAGCUCUUCAGCUCUUUUCUCACUAUGCUUUCAGGAAUGAGACUACAACACAUGGGUUUGGGGGAUUAUCAGUUCAAGCUAUUAACUAUGCUUCUGGUCUUCCACUGGCUUUAAGAGUGUUAGGCUCUUUCCUCUAUCGAAGAAGCCAAAGAGAAUGGGAAAGCACUCUUGCUAGGCUUAAAAUUUACCCUCAUAGUGAUAUCAUGGAAGUUCUGAGAGUUAGCUACGACGGAUUGGAUGAGCAAGAGAAGGCUAUUUUUCUCUACAUAUCAUGUUUCUAUAACAUGAAGCAUGUUGGUUAUGUCACAAGACUUCUGAGUGUUUGUGGCUAUGCCGCUGAAAUCGGUAUCACAGUUCUCACCGAGAAGUCUUUGAUAGUCAUAUCAAAUGGAUGCAUUAAGAUGCAUGAUUUGCUUGCACAGAUGGGUAGAGAACUUGUUCGUCAACUAGCAGUUAACAAACCGGCUGAACGGUUGCUCUUAUGGGAUCCUGAAGAUAUCUGUGAUUUGCUGUUAGAAAAUUCUGGAACACAACUUGUUGAAGCAAUGUCCCUGAACCUGUCAGGAAUUUCUGAGGUAAUUGCUAGUGAUCGAGCUUUCGAGGGAUUGUCUAAUCUCAAGCUUCUCAACUUCUAUGACAUUUCAUAUGAUGGAGAGACCAGGAUGAAGCUACCUAAUGGUCUCAGUUAUCUCCCACGCAAGCUUCGUUAUCUACGCUGGGAUGGAUAUCCUUUAAAGACUAUGCCUUCAAGAUUUCAUCCGGAGUUUCUUGUUGAGCUUUGUAUGAAUAAUAGCCAUCUCGAAAAACUUUGGAAUGGAAUCCAGCCUCUUGGGAAAUUGAAGAAGAUAGAUCUUUCUCGUUGCAAAUACCUAAUGGAAAUUCCAGAUCUCUCUAAAGCCACAAAUCUUGAGAAACUAAACCUUUCCUACUGCCAAAGCUUGGCUGCGGUUACUCCAUCUAUCAAAAAUCUUCAGAAACUUUAUUCUUUGUACUUGACUAAUUGCAUGCAACUCAAGAACAUUCCAAGUGGAAUCGCUUUGAAGUCGCUUAAAACAGUUGGAAUGAGUGGAUGCGCAAGCCUAAUGCAGUUCCCAGAAAUUUCUUGGAAUACUAGAAGACUCUACCUGAGCAGUACAAAGAUAGAGGAACUGCCAUCAUCGAUCAGCCGUCUCUCUUGUCUGGUUGAAUUGGAUAUGUCAAAUUGCCAGAGUAUCAGGACUCUUCCAAGCUCUGUAAGGCACUUGGUCUCACUUAAAUCCAUGGAUUUGAACGGUUGCAAACAUCUUGAGAACCUCCCAGAUACAUUACAUAACCUCACAUCUCUUGAAACUCUUGAAGUGUCUGGUUGCCUUAAUAUUAACGAGUUCCCUCGUGUUGCCACAAACAUAGAAGUUCUGCGUAUAUCUGAGACAUCAGUUGAAGAAAUUCCGGCAAGGAUCUGUAAUCUCUCUCAGGUUAGGUCCUUGGAUAUUUCAGGAAAUAAAAGACUGAAAUCUCUUCCGGUAAGCAUUUCUGAGCUAAGAUCACUUGAAAAGCUCAAGCUUUCUGGCUGUUCUGUACUUGAGAGCUUUCCACCAGAAAUCUGUCAGACAAUGAGUUGCUUGAGGUGGCUUGAUUUAGAUAGGACCAGCAUUAAGGAACUGCCUGAAAAUAUUGGUAAUUUAACAGCUCUCGAGGUGCUUCAAGCCAGAGGAACAGCUAUAAAAAGAGUUCCGUGGUCUAUUGCACGACUUACCCGUCUUCAAGUUUUAGCAAUUGGGAAUCGCUUCUAUAAUCCAGAAGGUUUGCAUUCUCUAUGUCCUCACUUAUCAAGGUUUGAUGAGUUGAGAGCUCUGUGCCUAAGCAACAUGAACAUGAUAGAGAUCCCUAGCAGUGUUGGCAACUUAUGGAAUCUAUUAGAACUAGAUUUGAGUGGGAACAAUUUUGACUUUCUCCCUCCAAGCAUCAAACGGCUCACCAGGUUGAUCAGACUGAAUUUAAACAAUUGCCAGAGACUUCAAGCAUUGCCCGAUGAGCUUCCACGAGGUCUAUUGUAUAUCUACGCCCAUGAUUGCAUAUCCCUAGUUAGUAUCUCAGGUUGCUUCAACCAGUAUUGCCUGCGCAAACUUGUCGCUAGCAACUGUUACAAAUUGGAUCAAGCAGCGCAGAUUCUCAUUCACCGUAACAUGAAGUUAGACUCAGCAAAACCAGAACACUCUUAUUUUCCUGGAAGAGAUGUACCUUCUUGCUUCAAUCACCAAGUCAUGGGUCCUUCGCUGAGGAUACACUUACCCCAGAGUGUAUCAUUAUCAUCAUCUGACAUUCUAGGAUUUUCCGCCUGCAUCAUGAUCGGAGUCGAUGGACAGUACCCGAUAAAUGAUCUGAAGAUACACUGCUCUUGUAUUUUAAAAGAUGCUGAAGCUUGUGAGCUGGUUGUUAUGGAUGAAGUAUGGUAUCCUGAUCCAGAAGCUUUCACAAACAUGUGUUUUAGAUCAGAUCACCUUCUCUUGUUCAGCAGAACCUGCAUGUCCAUGGCAGCUUACAAGGAAGCCCUGUUCGAAUUCUCAAUCGAGAACACUGAAGGAGAUUCUUUUAACUCACUUGGAGAGGUUAAAAAAUGUGCGGUGCACCUCAUAACGUUUAAAGACAUGUUACAGGAGCAUAAUAGCUCAGCCCCACCACGGUUCUCUAAUGACUAUGAGAACAUUCACAAUCCUGAUUUGGAGAUUUCAGACGCAUUACAUGAAGCAGGGGUUCCAAAACGAAGACCAUAUGAAACUGAGCUCAUGCAUGAGGAGCAGCCAAAUCCCAAGAGGAUCAAAAAUAUUCCUGUUCCCUUAACUCGAAAGCGACAUUUUAAAUUACAUCAACCAAAUGUUUCAUGAGAGUGAAAAGUUGUUGGUCUGUAACUUUGUAUACAAAAGUAUAUUAUCAAUUGAUCCAUAUAGUUUGAUA